GACAAAAUUUUACAAAACAAGGUUCUACAAAAUCCCUUUCUUUUAUGAUUCUGCACAGAUGCCGCAUCAUAUUGAUGUCCAACUGAUGCUCAGUCUUUCUGAACUGGGGCUAAUGACAUUGCUAAAGUAGACAACCUUUGUAGAAAACAAAAUUGGCAUCAUUACGAUGUGAAGUUUACUUGAGAAAUGGCAGUGUUGGCAUCCUGAGCUAGCAAAGUUCGACAGAAAAAGCUAGCAAUGCUAACGUUAAGCUAACUAAAAUGUCGAUGCCCAGUCGUAGCUAGCUGGCUAAAGUUUAUACUGCAUAUAAAGUCAAUCUGGCGACAUUACAAUGAUGACAAAAGCUUGAUCUACUGAUUAUUUUCCUCCUUUUUAAAAUGUCAUUGUGUUUCCAAGCCACGGUAAUGCACUUCAUACAAUAUCUUCAUCACCACCAAGACCACAUGAAAUAGAGUGCUCAGCUGGGCAUCAGUCGAAUCAAACGAAUGUUCAAAACAUUAUUGUUUUGACGAAACGCGCAGCCCAGGAACACAAUGAAACCACGUGUUAAUGACGCGACAUUUGCCUGGUUCACUGUGUUCCAUUUGUUUUGAAUCUAAGCAACUGCAACAAUGCCGAAGAGAGGGAGAAAGAAGAAGAGGUCAACCCCUGUAACUAUCGAGAACGCCAGGAACAAUGAGACGACACAUGAGUCGAUACGCCGUUACGCAGGAAAAAUUGUGGUGAGCCAUCAAUUGUGAACGAUACCUUUGCUCUAUGACUACAUUGCCCAGUCAACCACUGCUUUCUCUCAGGAAGAUGUUUCCGGUAUAGGCCUACAUAACAUCUUGGGGAAGACUGUAGAGGGCCUUCUCCAAAAAGUGUGCGGAGGGGUCUCAAGCAUCCUGAACAAGUAUUUGUAUGGGGCGGGGGUGUUGUCUGAUGCGGUGAUCCCAGUAAAUCUCUUGCCUGUAGCUUCAAAUGGAGACAAUCGGAAAAUGGAAAAAAGAUGGCAGGACUGCACUGAGGAAGACUGUGAACUGAUAAUUAUCCGACUGACAGGGACUGUAAUUAUCACCAUGUUGGAUAGUGUUAUGGAGAGUUGCAGGACGGACCCCACACACAGUUCAUUCUUAGAAGAACUGGGGCUCACCAUGGAAAUGGUAACGAUCAUACGUGAAGUAGCAGAAUGUGCAGCAAACGCCACAAGUAAUGAUUUCAGUCAGUUCACAGUUGGAGGAGUUCCUCUCUUUCAGAGACCACUGAGCAAUCUCUCCUCUGGGCCGAGUCAACCAGCAUCCCCCCAAAAUGCCUUGCCAACAUCCACUGUUCCCACACCUGUCUCAAAGGUGAGCUCAGCCAGUCCCAGAUCCACUGACUCAGGGACCACACAAGUCAGGAAGCCAAGACAAUCAACAGAAGGAGUUCAGAGACUCUCCGAAAGGCAGCAGAAUCCAGGGGAGGAGAUCACGUCUCUAGUGAUUGAAACCAUUCUACGGUCAGUUGCGGAUUUAGCCAGGCAUGGACUUCUGCCAAGCUGCACCCAGUAGACUGGAUGCUCCCUUUUUAUGGAGGUGAUGCAGAAAACAAAUAUGUGAAGCCAAUUCAUAAAAGCAUUAAUUAAACAAAUAUGUUGUUAAAAGCUGGCAGAGAAAGCCAUUAGGGAAGCUGUGCACACAGUUCUGACAGAUGGACGCCAUGGGGAGUUUUGAUAUGUCUAAGACACCUAAAGCCCAAUCAACCUUGGAGUCCAUUCAGCUGCCCAAAGACAGUGAUGGCAGCUUGAAAUCAGGAUCCUGUGAGGACUCCCUGAUUGCUGAACCUCAUACUGACCAAGUUGACACCAUCAAGGCAUCUAUGAACACUGAAAUCCACUCAGUGGUUACUAAGGCCACAGUGGUCUAUGCUAACCAACCCGAGGCACUGUCCAGUGAAGUGCUUCUGGGCGCUGAAGGUAAUGGAGAUGUUGCUGACCGUGCUGUGGUGGGUUCUCUGACUCCAGACUGUGACCUGGCAUUGGUAGAAGGGCUGGACCCUGGGUGGCACACCCCCCUGGUACUGAUGGAGACCUUGGUGAAUCCUGGCAAUGACUCUGACCUGACUGUGUCUGACCCCAGUGAAGUGUCUCUGAUCACUGACGACCUGCCAGUGGUGGACUCAGCUGUUGACUCCAGUGAAGUGUCUCUGAUCACUGACGACCUGCCAGUGGUGGACUCAGCUGUUGACUCCAGUGAAGUGUCUCUGAUUACUGAUGACCUGCCAGUGGUGGACUCAGCUGUUGACUCCAGUGAAGUGUCUCUGAUCACUGACGACCUGCCAGUGGUGGACUCAGCUGUUGACUCCAGUGAAGUGUCACUGAUCACUGAUGACAUGCCAGUGGUGGACUCAGCUGUUGACUCCAGUGAAGUGUCACUGAUCACUGAUGACCUGCCAGUGGUGGACUCAGCUGUUGACUCCAGAGGGCAGCAGAGGGCAGAGGAUGACUUACAAAGCACUGAACAGCUGCUAACGAGGUCCUGUGCAGACUGUGUGACCACAGAGAAGCAUUAUGCUGUACCGUUUGAGGACUCUUUGAACUCUGACAAGGAAAUCUCCCUCAACAUUAAAGACCAUGAUGACCGACCUGCAGUAGACUUUAGCAGAGAUUCUGUGAGCUCGUCUGACCAGUCUUUGUCCCUUGUUGCCACUGCUCUUGGAUCAAUAGUCACUAUUGACUCUUUCCAUAAGGCUCUGUUGUUUUCCAAUAUGUUGGACCAAGGCAAAGAUAACUCUAUUGACCAGCCUGUAGUGAAGUCUCAGACCACUGAAAAUCUAAUUAACCCCACUUUGGUGUCAGAGUCCAUUCAAUCUCUCAUCAAUGAAAUCCUGGAAGAUAACAUUAUCUCAGACCCUGAUGACAGAACUCCGUUCACUACAGACCAUGUAGGAUCACAUGAGAUUGAAAUAUUUAUAUCUAAAAUGCACUUAGGCAGUGUUAUCACCUGUCAUGAUGACCAGUUUUUGGAGUCAGACAGUGAGGAUGACAUGGUUGACCCUUUGUCUCACACCAGUCAUAGCCAUCAUCUGUGCGAGUCAGUCAUGAGGAUGGAGCGAGAGAAGAAGUAUGGAGAAAAGGAAUGGGAGAAGUGCUCCUCACAGUGUGACAGGAACUCUCUGAUUGAGGUCAUAGAUGGAGAGGAAGGUCCUACAGGAAGAAAGUUAGAGCAUCAGAAGGCCAGAGACAGUGAGGAGAUACGAAACAGUGAUGGAUAUGUGAAAAUGAGAGAGAUUGGUAAAAGAAAGGAAGUGGAGGUAGAGGUUACAAAAAUCUGUACCUCCUGUGAUGAAAUGUCCAUCAUGGUUCUGGAGAACCAAGGUAAUGCUAGGCCUAUGACAGACUCCCAGACUCCAUUGAAGGGCAAAGGAAAGCAACAACAUAGCCUUCCAUACAAGAGAACAGAAGGACUUCAAGAGGAGAUCAAUUCAAAGGGUGAAAUGCUUCAGGGUGGAAGACAAGUAAACUUCCCUUGGUGUCAGGCACAGAAACACAGAAGUCCAGGUGUGUUGGGUGAUGUUGCAGGCUUCUGGAGAAAGGAGAAAAGAGUCCACAAGGAGAAAGACAGAGAGGAGAAGGACAGAGUGGGCCAGACAUGGCGAGACCAGGGGGGAAAUGACAGGGAGCAAUGGAAUGGAGAGACAGAGAGGGGUGGAGUUGGUAGGAGUAGAAGAGCUAGACAGAAGGGAAACCAGUUGCUGCUUUUUUCUAGGCAAAAGCACAGCAACUGGAAUGACUCUCAUCCAUCAGAGAGCAGCUGUGACUGGAGGAGCAGGGAGAAAGAGGUGCCUGAGAAACAUGUUGAGAAUAGGAUGGAUAGGCAGAGAGGUGAGAGGCCCCUGAAGAGGGAAAAGAGCUAAAGGAAAGAAAUACAUUGAUGUGUGUUAAAUAAAUAUUAUUUCAGAUAU